GAAUCUCCUCUUAUAAGGAGUGGGGACGUCGGGACAAAAUGUGGUUUCCUCCUUGAAUUGGAUUUCUGCUUGUGCUCUCCCCUCGUUUUUGUUAUUGGAGCUUGUGAAUUUUGUGCAGUUUCUUUGUUAUUUUUGUUUCAUUCCUGACGCCUGAGGACCCCAAUUCUUUGUUUUUGUCUACUCUGUUCUUUUUCAAUAAAUCCCCGGGCAGGUGUUUUCCUGGAAGCUCUGAAAGCCCUAAGCUAGGAAUUCAUUCGUUAAUUGCCAAUUACGCGCGCCCAUUUUGAAACUGUAAGAAUGAAACCUCUCCAUAGCAUUGGCAUUUUUCGAAGUGUUUAGGCUUGUAGGCCAAAUCUUCAAAGAACGGGCCGUGUCGCUUGAAGCCCGGCGGUUUCGAGAACCAGGAAUCAUGUUUGGAUGACCGUAGUUCGUCCGUCCUAGAACCCGACCGCUUUGGGAGGCUCAACGCCCACGCUAGUUAAACAAGAACUUUGCCCACGAAGUCGCUCAAGGAGUCCACAGAGAACACGUUGCUGGAGGGGGCGAGAGAGGGAGAGGAUGGGCGUCCGGGGCAAUCUCACUGAUGAGCACCUUCGAUCCUUCCAUUCACAAGGCUUCCUUGUGGUGGAGUCCUUCUGUGGCCCCGAAGAGAUCGACGCCAUGAUGGGUAGGAUGAAUCACCUCCUCGAAAACUUCGACUGUUCGAGCACCUCCAUCUUUUCCACCAGAAACCAGAAACAGUCGUCUGAUGAUUACUUCUACGAGAGUGCUGACAAAAUUUCCUUUUUCUUUGAAGAAAAGGCAUUUGAUGAUAAAGGAAUCUUAAAGCAGCCUAAACAGCUUUCAAUAAACAAAGUUGGCCAUGCUUUGCAUGAAAUUGAUCCUGUGUUCUGCAAAUUUUCCUGCUCUGAGAAGAUUGCAGGUUUACUUUCCUCCUUAAGCUAUAGGAGGCCAGUAAUUAUUCAGUCAAUGUAUAUCUUUAAGCAACCUGGAAUUGGCGGGGAAGUGGUACCUCACCAGGAUAAUUCAUUUCUCUACACAGAACCUCCCUCAUGCACUGGACUAUGGUUGGCACUGGAGGAUGCAACAAUUGCUAAUGGCUGCCUUUGGGCCAUUCCUGGAUCUCACAAGAAUGGCCUUGUGAGAAGGUUCAUUAGAGAUGAUAAUGGAGUCCACUUUGAUCAACCAUCACCUUCAUAUGAUCGUCGUGAUUUUGUGGCUCUGGAAGUGAAGGCUGGCUCAUUGGUUGUCCUUCAUGGUGACCUUGUGCAUCAAAGUUUUGAAAACCAGUCUCCGAAAUCAAGACACGCAUACAGUGUGCACGCUGUGGAGACAGAUGGCUGUUCUUGGGCAGCAGAUAACUGGCUGAGGAAGAAAGCUGAACCAGAACCCCUUUAUUCUUCUUAGUCAUGCUAUAUGAACAGAUUCAAUGAGUCAACAGAGAACACCUGGAGGGUUGUGCCUGCAUGUGUGUAUGUGCCCGCACAUACUCCUGCUUGAAUUCUCUUUAUGUUCUUAACCAUUUGUUUGUGUUCGUAUGCUGAUAAUCUCAGUAGCUAUAUAUAGGAACUCAACUUUGGCAGAACGUUCUUCCAAAUGUGUUUUUUGGAAAUAAUGCAAGUGGAUGCUGAAAAAUUGAGAAAAGCCACUUUAGAGCUUGACCGACCUGCGCGGCCCCUUGACCCAGUCGAUCAAAGCAUUGGACAUGUUCUGUCCAUGGUAUCCAGAUAGGUACAAUGGCAUUGAGCAGAGCUGGAAUCCAAUCUUUUGAGCUAAACCUCUUAUGCACCUGGGCUGUCCCAUUGCCAUCUACAACCGCGCAAGAGGGUAGCUGGUCCAUUCAGGUGCACCCAGGAAAGCAGUCGGCCAUCGUGGACUUGUGUUCCCAAGGAUCCCGGCUUACUGGAUCUCGUGGCUGUGGUUAUAAUAGAAGAUGAAAGUCACAGCUGUUCCUUCCAGGAAUCAUUUAAGCAAGCCCUUAUUCUAACUGGCUAGGUAUAAUAAUGAUGUAUACUUGCGCA